CACCUGGUGCCCCUGCGGGUCGUGUAGCGUGGCGCGCGACGAUACGGGCUGAGUUGUGGGUUGGGUUUGACUACCGGACCUCAGUACCUAACCUUCCCUGCCCUCAGAGAGCUGGCGGUCACCAUGGCAAUGCGGGAGCUGGUGGAGGCCGAAUGCGGGGGUGCCAACCCGCUCAUGAAGCUGGCCGGGCACUUCACCCAGGACAAGGCACUUCGGCAGGAGGGUUUAAGGCCUGGUCCCUGGCCACCAGGAACCCCGGCCCCCGAGGCGGUCGCUAAACCUUUGGGGGUAGCCUCUGAAGAUGAGUUGGUGGCCGAAUUCCUCCAGGACCAGAAUGAACCACUUGUAUCCCGUGCCCCUCAGACCUUCAAGAUGGAUGACCUCCUGGCAGAGAUGCAGGAGAUUGAACAGUCAAGCUUCCGCCAGGCACCCCAGAGAGCACCUGGUGUGGCAGACUUGGCCUUGUCUGAGAACUGGGCCCAGGAGUUUCUUGCAGCUGGAGAUGCUGUGGAUGUAACUCAGGAUUAUAAUGAAACUGACUGGUCCCAAGAAUUCAUUUCUGAAGUUACAGACCCUUUGUCUGUGUCCCCUGCCCGCUGGGCUGAGGAGUAUCUGGAACAGUCAGAGGAGAAGUUGUGGCUGGGAGAGCCUGAGGGAACAGCUGCCACUGGUCCCUGGUAUGAUGACUAUCAUCCUGAGGAGGAUCUGCAGCACACUGCCAGUGACUUUGUGGCCAAAGUAGAUGACCCCAAAUUGGCUAACUCUGAGUUCCUGAAAUUCGUGCGGCAGAUUGGUGAGGGGCAGGUGUCCCUGGAGUCCGGUGCAGGGUCGGGCCGAGCUCAGGCAGAACAGUGGGCAGCAGAGUUUAUACAGCAGCAGGGUACAUCAGAUGCCUGGGUUGACCAGUUCACAAGACCAGUAAACACAUCUGCCCUUGAUAUGGAAUUUGAACGAGCCAAGUCAGCUAUAGAGUCUGAUGUCGAUUUCUGGGACAAGUUGCAGGCAGAGUUGGAGGAGAUGGCGAAACGGGAUGCUGAGGCUCACCCCUGGCUUUCUGACUAUGAUGACCUCACAACUGCUUCCUAUGAUAAGGGGUACCAGUUCGAGGAGGAGAACCCCCUGCGUGACCACCCGCAGCCUUUCGAGGAAGGGCUGCGGCGACUUCAGGACGGGGACCUGCCGAAUGCUGUGUUACUUUUUGAGGCGGCUGUGCAGCAGGAUCCUAAGCACAUGGAGGCUUGGCAGUAUCUGGGUACCACCCAGGCAGAGAAUGAACAGGAACUAUUAGCCAUCAGCGCGCUGCGGAAGUGUCUGGAGCUCAAGCCAGAUAACCGGACAGCACUGAUGGCGCUGGCUGUGAGCUUCACCAAUGAGUCUCUGCAGCGACAGGCCUGUGAAACCCUGCGAGACUGGCUGCGCUACACACCAGCCUAUGCCCAUCUGGUGGUGCCUGGGGAAGAAGGGGCCAGUGGCGCAGGACUGGGCCCCAGCAAGCGCAUCCUGGGAUCUCUGUUGUCUGACUCCCUAUUUCUUGAAGUGAAAGAGCUCUUCUUGGCAGCUGUGCGCCUGGACCCUACAUCCAUUGACCCUGAUGUGCAGUGUGGGUUGGGGGUCCUUUUCAACCUGAGUGGGGAGUAUGACAAGGCAGUGGACUGUUUCACAGCUGCUCUCAGUGUUCGUCCCAAUGACUAUCUGCUGUGGAAUAAGCUAGGGGCCACCCUGGCCAAUGGAAACCAGAGUGAAGAAGCAGUAGCUGCAUACCGUCGGGCUCUCGAGCUACAGCCAGGCUAUAUACGGUCCCGCUAUAACCUGGGAAUCAGCUGCAUCAACCUUGGGGCUCACCGGGAGGCUGUGGAACACUUUUUGGAGGCCUUGAACAUGCAGAGGAAAAGCCGGGGCCCUCGGGGUGAAGGGGGUGCCAUGUCAGAGAACAUCUGGAGCACCUUGCGUUUGGCAUUGUCUAUGUUAGGCCAGAGCGAUGCCUAUGGGGCAGCUGAUGCCCGGGAUCUGUCCACCCUCUUAGCUAUGUUUGGCCUGCCUCAGUGACAGUGGGAUGGGCUGCCCUGUGAGUGUCUGCUUGGAGGGGUCCCCGCUCUGGAUGUGACUCCCUCUCCCCAAAUGGGCCUACCAAGGGGUUGGGCUGAUGAUCAUAAGCGGUAUGGCCUCUCAGGAGUGGCCUCAAUGUAGGGGUGGGUAGUCUUUGUUCUAGUUCCUGCAUAAUUGUAGGAAAAUGAGCUGUGUUAUAUCUGAGUCCCUUGGUAAUUCAAGGGCUGCACAUCCAGCUACAGAUCUCUCUGCUCAUCAUGCCCUUUCUUGGUGCUGCUUUUUGGGUAGGACCCAGAGGUAAUAGGGUAACUGUUGUUAUCAGCUGCCAUUUCUGAUAGGGUCUACCAUAUUUGUAAUGUUUGUCUCCCACCACCUCCUCUUUUACUUGGAAUUGAUAAUAGCACAUACAGCUUCCUUGGGCAAUUAUGUGUAGAAUGUUCUUCUACCGUGCACUGCUGUGAUGACUAUAUCUAGGAUGGGAUGGCAGGAAUUGGCCUGUUAGAUUUAAAUGUUGAUUUGGCUCAACCGAGCCGAGUUUUGGUAGGGGUGCUCUUAGUUCUGUCAUUCUUGGACCUCUUCUGGUGGUCGCUUGGAUUCCCUGGGUAUGAUGCUGUACACCAGUAAUGCUGGCAUCGCUAUCUAGGGGUCCUCAAGAGCUGCCAGGGUCAAUUGCUGCACAGAGUGUUUGGAUGUUGGGUAGCAGGAUGCCUCAUUUGUGGAAUUAGCCUAGAAGGGACCAGAUGGGGUCAGAUCAAGGUCUCUGUUCUAUGGCCUUUGGUGGGAGGACAGAGCAGCAGGACCAGGGAUGUGGUGAGUGCAGCAGUCCCUCCUCUUAGACCUGUGACUAUGAAUUGAGUGAGUAGCUCUUCUAGAAUGUUGGCUCAGAAAUUGCCAUCUUGCCAAAUUCCUAGCAAAGAGGGGAUUCACUGUUACCUUAGGUCUUUGCUAUAUGUCUUAAAAUAUUUCUAGGGGAGAGUGUCAAAAAAUUCUUUUCCCCUGUAGUACCUCCUCAAGGUGAGGAUAGAGGGAAGAUGAGGGAGCAGCUUGGAUUCUUCUGAGCUGUGCCCUUCUUGGGAGCUACACUAACCCCCAGAAAUGACUGCUGAGCCUCUUGUCUUGUCUUCAGUAGCUAAUGAUCAGAGAGAUUUUGUUUUUAAAUUUACCAUGGUCUCAAGGUUCCAUCCUGAAAUUUAUUUUUCUUUGUAUGAAUAUGUGUAAAUGAUUUUAAAAUAAAACUGUAAAAUAUUUGUAUGAAGAAUAAAUGGAACUGACAUGGGUCUGAGUUCUGCUGCCAGGUGUGAAGUUGGGGUGUUGGGAGGUGGGUUGGUGUUUGGAGAAUUGGUAUUCAACAGUUUUCCACUUUUCUCUUUACCUUUCCAAUUCUCACUGGUAUAUUGGUUACCUCUCUGUCUAGGAAUUACUCAGCACCUAAUCCCUGCCAGGUACUUUGAGUAAGAUGAACAGGGUCCUGUAUUCAUGAGCUUAUGGUUUAGCAGGACAGACAGGUGUUUAAUAGUCAUGCAUUUUUUACACUUGUGUACUUCUAUAAAAAAAUAGGGGAUGCUAUGUCAUUGUUUGGUAUUGUU